AUGGCGGAAGCGGCGGGAGUGCGCGUGCUGGACCGCCUCCGCGUGCCGCCGGCGCCGCCCUGCCCCUCCGCGGACCUCCCCAUCACCUUCUUCGACGCCGCCUGGCUCUUCACCGGCCCCGUCCAGCGCCUCUUCUUCUACCGCCACGCGAACCCGUCCGCCGCGCUCCCGCUGCUCGCCGCCUCCCUGCCGCACGCGCUCGCCCGCUUCCCCCCGCUCGCCGGCACCAUCAGCCCCGCCGCCCGCCGCCUCUCCUACUCCACCGCCCACGACGCGCUCCACCUCGUCCUCGCCGAGUCCACGGCCCCGGACGACUUCGACCGGUUCGUCGCCGCCGGGCCCCGGGACCUGAGCCUGUUGCGCCCGCUCGUGCCCGCGCUGCCCCCGCCCGGAAAGGACGGGGCUUUCGCGCUCGCCGCCCUGCAGGCCACCGUGUUCCCCGGCCGCGGGGUCUGCGUCGGCGUCUCCGUCCACCACGCCGCCUGCGACGACGCCUCCGCCACGCUCUUCGUCCGGACCUGGGCCGCCGCGUGCCGCCUCGGGGCGCCCCUCGACGGUGCCGAUCAUUCCGAAGCCGUGCCGCCGCCGCCCGUGCUCGACCGCUCCCUCGUCGCCGACCCCGACGACCUGCUCGGCAAGACGCUCGCCGGGAUGAGCCGCCUCGCGUCCGGACCUCCGCCUCCGCCCCCGCAAGCGCAGGGGCCUCCGCCUCCGUCUCCGGUGAUCGCGUCCUUCGCGCUGACGCGCGACCAGAUCGACGGGAUCAAGGACGCGGCCGCGGCGCAGGGCGCACCGCACAUGUCGUCGUUCGUGGCGGCGUCGGCGCUGGCGUGGGUGUGCCUGCUGCGGAGCCGGUCCGCGGGCGUCGAAGGCGCGGCGCGCAGCCACAUGCUAUUCUCGGCGGAGUGCCGGUCGAGGCUGUCGCCGCCGCUCCCGGCCGAGUACUUCGGCAACUGCCUGCGGCCGUGCUUCGUGGAGGCCGCGACGUCGGACCUGAUGACGACCGACGACGCGGGCGGCGUGGCGGUGGCUGCUGCGGCCAUCGGGGCGGCGAUCAGGGAGAUGGAGCGGGGCGUGCUGGAGGGCGCGGAGGGUUGGCUGGGACAGGUGAUGUCGGUGCUGCCGCAGCGGCCCAUGUCGGUGGGCGGGUCGCCGCGGCACGGCGUGUACGAGGGCACGGACUUCGGGUGGGGGAAGCCGUGCAGGGUGGACAUGGUGUCCAUCGAGAUGACCCCCGGCACGGUGUCCCUGGCCGAGAGCCCCGACGGCCUGGGCGGCGUCGAGGUCGGCGUGGUGCUGCCGCCGGACGCCAUGGAAGCUUUCGCCUCCUGCUUCGCCGAGCUCCUCAACAACAAGAAGAGCGUGUGA